CGCCCCUUCCCCUCCCCCUUCCCAGCACACUCGGGGGGCUGGGAACGAGCUGCCAUGUGAUGCGCGUCCCCUCAGCGAGCUUUCGUUGACCCCCGAAUCGCCCACCGCGCCUGCUGCCGGGAGGGGGCUGCGGGCUGGAAAGACGCGGGGAAGAAGAGGCGGAAAGGACUCAAAGUUCUCUGGCGAGUGCAGCUGUCAGCUUCAGAAAGUGAGGGCUCCAGGAACAAAAAGGAUCUUCAAGAGCUGCCUCGCAUUGUGACAUGUCUGAUCCCUUGCUACCAUCCCUGCAGCAUGAACAAGGUGGACACUCACUGACCUAUCACAAGGUUGCCCUGCAAAACUUUGGGGUCCAUGUCUGAAUGGAUUGCUGUAGCCUUCUCAUCUCUCCCUUCGCCCAGUUCCCUGUAUCCUAAGACUCGAAGCCAGGACAGGACCUGGAAAAAUUAUAUGGUGUGAACGGCAUGUCUGUGGAUGAGAAGCCUGACUCCCCCAUGUAUGUGUAUGAGUCCACAGUCCACUGCACCAACAUCCUCCUGGGCCUCAAUGACCAGCGGAAAAAGGAUAUUCUCUGUGACGUGACUCUGAUAGUGGAGAGGAAGGAGUUCCGAGCCCACCGGGCUGUGCUGGCCGCAUGCAGUGAAUACUUCUGGCAGGCUCUGGUUGGACAGACAAAACAUGACUUGGUGGUCAGCCUGCCUGAAGAGGUCACUGCCAGGGGCUUUGGGCCGCUGUUACAGUUUGCCUACACUGCCAAGCUGUUACUCAGCAGAGAAAACAUCCGCGAGGUCAUCCGCUGUGCUGAGUUCCUGCGCAUGCACAACCUGGAGGACUCCUGCUUCAGCUUCCUGCAGACCCAGCUCCUGAACAGCGAGGAUGGCCUGUUUGUGUGCCGAAAGGACACCGCGUGCCAGCGCCCACAUGAGGACCAUGAGAACUCCGCGGGAGAGGAGGAGGAAGAAGAGGAGGAGACGAUGGAUUCAGAGACAGCCAAGAUGGCUUGCCCCAGGGACCAGAUGCUUCCAGGCCCCAUCAACUUUGAGGCCACUGCCCUCCCAGUAGCGGAGAAAGAAGAGGCCUUGCUACCUGAGUCCGACAUGCCCACGGACACCAAGGGGAGCUCAGAAAAGGAUGCACUGACCCAGUACCCUAGAUACAAGAAAUACCAGCUUGCAUGUACCAAGAAUGUCUAUAAUGCAUCAUCACACAGUACCUCAGGUUUCGCAAGCACAUUCAGUGAAGAAAACCCUGGCAACAGCCUCAAGCCAGGGCUUGCCAUGGGGCCGAUCAAAAGUGAGCCACCCAGCGAAGAGAACGAGGAAGAGAGCAUCACGCUCUGCCUGUCGGGAGAUGAGUCUGACAUCAAGGACAGAGUGGGGGAUGUCGAGAUGGACCGCAAACAGCCCAGCCCUGCCCCCGCCCCCGCCCCCACCACCCCCACCGGAGCCACCUGCCUGGAGAGAUCCAGGAGCGUGUCCUCGCCUUCCUGUUUAAGGUCUCUAUUCAGUAUAACAAAAGGUGUGGAGUUGUCUGGACUACCCAGUACAUCUCAGCAGCACUUUGCCAGGGGUUCAGCGUGCCCUUUUGACAAGGGGAUCACUCAGGGUGACCUUAAAACUGACUACACCCCUUUCACAGGGAAUUAUGGACAGCCCCAAGUGGGCCAGAAGGAUGUGUCCAACUUCACGCUGGGGUCGCCCCUCAGGGGGCCUGGGUUGGAGGCUCUCUGUAAACAGGAGGGAGAGCUGGACCGGAGGAGUGUGAUCUUCUCCUCGAGCGCUUGUGACCAAGUGAGCACUUCGGUGCAUUCGUAUUCUGGGGUGAGCAAUUUAGACAAAGACCUCUCCGAGCCGGUGCCAAAGGGUCUGUGGGUGGGAGCUGGCCAGUCCCUCCCCAGCUCACAGGCCUACUCCCACAGCGGGCUGAUGGCUGACCACUUGCCAGGAAGGAUGCGGCCCAACACCAGCUGCCCGGUGCCAAUCAAAGUCUGCCCUCGCUCACCCCCGCUGGAGACCAGGACCAGGACUUCCAGCUCCUGCUCCUCCUAUUCCUACGCAGAGGAUGGGAGUGGGGGCUCACCCUGCAGCCUCCCUCUCUGCGAGUUCUCCUCCUCACCCUGUUCCCAGGGAGCCAGAUUCCUUGCCACGGAACAUCAGGAGCAGGGCCUGAUGGGAGAUGGAAUGUACAACCAAGUCCGACCCCAAAUUAAAUGUGAGCAGUCUUACGGAACCAACUCCAGCGAUGAAUCUGGAUCGUUCUCAGAAGCAGACAGUGAGUCGUGUCCCGUGCAGGACAGGGGCCAGGAGGUUAAACUUCCUUUUCCUGUAGAUCAAAUCACAGAUCUUCCAAGGAACGAUUUCCAGAUGAUGAUUAAGAUGCACAAGCUAACCUCAGAACAGUUAGAGUUCAUUCACGACGUCCGGCGGCGCAGCAAGAACCGCAUCGCAGCUCAGCGCUGCCGCAAGAGGAAACUGGACUGUAUUCAGAACUUAGAAUGUGAAAUCCGCAAAUUGGUAUGUGAGAAAGAAAAACUGUUGUCGGAGAGGAAUCAACUGAAAGCAUGCAUGGGGGAACUGUUAGACAACUUCUCCUGCCUCUCCCAGGAAGUCUGCCGAGACAUCCAGAGUCCCGAGCAGAUCCAGGCCCUGCACCGGUAUUGCCCUGUCCUCAUCCCCAUGGAUCUCCCUGGAGCCUCCAGUAUUAACCCCACUCCCUUGGGUGUUGAGCAGAACCUUGCAGCCUCCCAGUGUGCAGUGGGGGAAAGUGUGCCCUGCUGCUUGGAGCCAGGUGCGGCUCCCCCCGGGCCCCCUUGGGUCCCCAGCAACGCCUCUGAGAAUUGUACCUCUGGGAGGAGGUUGGAAGGUUCUGACCCAGGAACCUUCUCUGAGAGAGGACCUCCUCUUGAACCCAGGAGCCAGUCAGUGACCGUGGACUUCUGCCAGGAAAUGACUGACAAGUGUACGACUGAUGAACAGCCCAGAAAAGAUUACACCUAGUGACUUGGAUCUGCCUCCCAGUCCUCACACCUCUCCCAUCCAGGUGUUCUUCAGUCAGCCUAUGGCACUGUUCAUCUGUUGUCUUGAAGAACCAAGAAUGAAUUUGGUGCACACUACAGUGGUCUUAGCAGCAAUACUGUUCUGAAGUAUUCCCUCCUCUCUUCAAGCAGGAGCGACAGAGUUACCUUCACAAUGGUGCUACCCCUUGCUCAGGCAAGGAAAGACAACAGUGCGACACUGUCUGUCUGUGGGUUAAUUUCAGUCUUCACAGGGAUAGACUACAACACCUCGAGGACCCAACCACGGAUUUUUUUUCUCAGUGGCCCAUGUCACAAACCCUAUCUCAGGAAUUUCUUCUGAAUGUUCAAUUUUUUUCAUUGAAGACAGCUUCUAUACACAUCAAAAUUUUAUAGCUAUACUGUACAUAUUAUAUAUAAUAUAUAUAAAGUAUAUAUAUAUAUAUAUCCAUAUGCAAAAGUCCUGCAUGCCUCAAUUUUCUCAAAACUGGAAACUUCAUUUCUCAUUUAUAAACAGGUUCCAACAUUCCUCUUCUUUUGUCUCUGAUGCUUAAAACCAGUUUGGUAACUGUUAACGUUUUUCUUGCUUCACAGUUCAAUUUGUGCUUAUUUAUGGAUAAAAUUCAAUGUUGGAAGCUUUUCAAGGUUUUAUUUUAGACCCUUAUUUUGUUUGUUUAGUUUGGUUUGGGCACCGCCAGGUGGUGUCGUGUGAGCAUCGUGGGUUUGUUCUCCGUUUUUGUUUUGUUUUGUUUUGUUUUUCCUUGCAGAUACUGUACAGUAAUGGUCAACUUUGCCACUUGCACUGAGUCUUGGGUCAAACCUAUUUUCUUAAAUGAAGUUGUAACUUCAGUAUAUCUCAAGUAUACUGUAUAUUCUUUGCUUUUAGUUUAAAAAGUAAAACAUUUUAGCUAAUUUUAAAAAGCACUC